AUGACAUUGACUACAUGGACGCGCUUCCUGGACUCACUCAUGACCCGGUGCAUUUCCGACACGCUGACCGACCAUGGACUGAACGAACCCUCCAACUUCCUGGAUGCUCCACAAAUGGCUGCCCCGAUCGAUCAACAUGAAAACCCUCCGUAUACACAUGAUCUGGUAUUCUCCUGGAUUUUUAACGAAUACCCGACCUUUGUGAAGCAGGACACGCGACGCUUCAUCUCUCAGGAGACGGGGAACUUAUACAUCGCCAUGGUGGAGCCUUCUGAUGUGGGCAAUUACACCUGUGUGGUCACCAACACUGUCACCAAGAGCAGAGUCCAGGGCCCGCCCACUCCUCUGGUCCUGCGCAGCGACGGUAAGCUGAUGAUGCGCUAA